UGACACUGCCGCCUAAUAACGCGCCAUCCCGCUACGGUGAUAAGCAUCGAUUUUAUACAGGAUUUUGUUGAUCACUGAUCUUCUGUUAUUCAUUUUUGCGGUAGCCUAGUUGCAGGUUUCCACCCGCAGUGGCUCACCGGCAAUCACAAGUGUUACUUUAGUUAUAGCAUGGUGUAUUUGACUUAUCUACGGUUCAACAGUCCAGAUAUCUGAACUUCGUGUAGUUGACAAAUAAUCGAUUCAGUGAGCUCCAAAGCCUACAAUGUGUCAAAUUUUGCCAAAAGAGAGCUUUUUGACUGCUGCAGUUAACAGGUUAAGCAGGUGCCUGACAUUGCCAGAAAUGUAGACCUGGCACAGAAUCUUUCCUUUGCUACAAUCUUUGCCUGCAUUCGUGGGCUCCACAUUUCUUUUAAAUCCAACACAAGAUACCAACUGCUCACAAAUCAUGGAUCAUUUAAAAGGAAUAAAUCUACCGUCGAUCUCAAGGCUUCGCACAUUCAGCACUCCCACUAGGCUGACAGUGAUGGGUGUGUCUGUCGGGAUUGGGCUUAUUGCCCUGUUGGCUGUGCUCUUCAGGAGGAGGCGUGGCCCACGCCCAAUCGAAAAAAAGACGGGGAGUUUCCGAGAACGACAAACGUACAAAACACCCUUGGCCCUUAGUCCAAAUGGAGAUCUGCCUCGAUUGAGUAGGAGACCGGGAAGCCCUGGACGUUUAAGUAGGGCAGCGUUAAGACAACGGUCAAUGAGUCGCACUCCGUCCAUGUCCAGCGUGAGUCAAGCUUCGACAAUUUCCACACUGACACAGCCAGUAGACACCUCCAGCAUGCCUCCUCCUCAACUCUGUGAACUAGGCUUGGAAACAUUUCAUCAGGCUAUAACAUAUUGGGAAGAUGCAUUGACCAAAAUGAGCUACCUGGAUGAUGAAAACCAUCUUGCUAUUCCUGAUGCUGACACAAGUUCUCUUCAGCAUCAGAUAGAAUAUCUGCUGGAUGCAUCGUAUCGAAUACAGGAUGAAUAUGAGCGCAGAUGUUGUCGUCAUGCCGACCAGUUGGCCCUAGAUACGGCAAUGACUGCCAUAACUGAAAUGGACGGACUUUAUGAUCGUUCUCACAUGGAUGCAGAGUCUAUGAGUGAUCAGGAGUCAUUUGUGUCUGCGAGAGACUUGGCGGACCUGUCAGAUCUAGAGAGUCACAGAGAACUGUUUCAGCAUCUGGCGCUGUACGAGGCAGGACUCAUGGAGCUCAAACACGGGAACAUACCUUGCAGGACUCUGAGGCCAGAUAUGGCUGACUGCCUGUCAGACACCGAGUUUUUAGCCAAAUUACAUUGUAUUCGGUUAGCCUUGGAAAUGUUACUCAAAGAUGGAACUGUCAGAGAGCUUUUCAGUGACAUGGGCAGAGAUCUGAUAUCUGAUUUGCUCGUUAAAGGCAACAGGGAUCCAGAUGAGUUCAGGGUGGCGUACGAUGCCAUGAUGGAUUACGUCAACAACCAUGAGAACUGGGAAGAGAUGGAGGAGGAGCUUAGAGGUCGUGGGGUGAAAUGUUUGUCAUUUUACGAUGUAGCCUUGGAUUUUAUCUUGAUGGAUGCGUUUGAUGAUUUGGAAACUCCUCCGUCAUCUGUGUUAGCAGUUGUACAGAAUAGGUGGCUAUCUAAUGGUUUUAAAGAAACUGCUUUAUCCACGGCAGUGUGGUCUGUGUUAAAAGCCAAGCGGAGACUACUCCGGUUUCCCAAUGGAUUUAUUUCCCAUUUCUACGUCAUCUCAGAACAUGUGUCACCAGUUUUAGCUUGGGGAUUCCUUGGCCCAGAAUGUGAGCUGAAAGACAUCUGUUUCUUUUUCAAGGAUCUGGUCCUCAGCUUUAUCCGAGACAUUUUCAGUUUUGAGAAAUGUCGCUACACGACGCUAGAGGAAUUAUCUGCUGAUAUCCUGCGAGUGGCUAAGGAGAAGAAUUUACUGGGCACAGAAAAACUGUCAUCAUGAAUAUUGUUAAUAUGUUAGGAUUUUAAAAUUUAAUUUGUCUAAAGUUAUGAUAUUAUAAUAAUAAUAAUAGCCCAUAAUAUUAAUGAUAAUAUUUAUUAUUAUGAUAAUUCAGCAUUGUACAUGAAGAGAUGUUGUAUCAGUUGACAGUGUUCAUUGUAUUAAAAUGUUGACAUUUGAUACAUGUAGCCUGUUGUUAGCCAUGUUGACUGGUGCAAAAUGUCAACGGGGCUAACGAUGGGUGGCCCUUAUAUUCAUGCUGUAUUUAAAGGGAUACAGAAUCAGUUCUGAUUAGCUGCUGUGAGAGACAGGCCAGUCCAGGCUUACUGUAGCCUGAGCAGAAGUUUAGUUAUGACAGAUUUAUUCAAACCAAGAUUUAUUUAUUGACCAAGGCUACAAGCACCCAGCAAACCCUAUCUCCAUUCUCGGCCAACCAGCGUUGAUUUUGUAUCCCGUUAAGGGUAUGAAAUGACUGUUAUGAUGCUCAUGAAUAUGUACAGUGAACAAAUAGCAUGAGCAUAUGGAAUGAUAUUGACUUGAGGUUCUAGAGGGACCUCUGUCACUGAUGUUAAAUAUGACAAUGCCACUUAAUAUUCUUACCCCAAAAUCUGUAUAAAAAAAUUUGUCUGCAUUUUACCCAGAAUUGUAUUCAGGGGCCAAACAGUGGCGCAUAACAUAUGCAUAAUAAUUGGUUGUCCCAAACUUGUCCCGGAAAUCCAUAGUUAGUUUUUGUUUAACAAGUAUGGUAUGAAAGAGAGAAGUUGAAAUGUGAAAUAUGUAUAUCCCAGAUUGUUCCUUUAGCUAAAAUUUAACAUCAUAUUGUUAGUGUCUUUUCGAUGUCUGGGAGGGAAUGUAGGUUUUCAUGUCGUCUGUUUUGUCAAUCUGUCCUGAAACAGUUUUCCAGACUAUUUUUUUGUUUUCAUAAACAUUGUUCAUGGUAUUUAAUUGAAACUUAAUAUGUGACUUCAGAUCAAGUUCCAUUUUCAAGUUAUUUCGUCCAUAUUCCUAAAAAAAAAUUGACCGAUUUUAUCCAUACAUGUACGUGUAUAUUUGGAUGAGACAAACCUGUAAUAUUUACAUGUAUUUCAAGAAUGUGUGGUGUUACAACUUGUCUUGAUUUGUUAGUACAAGUAUCUUGAUUUUUUAUUACAAGUAAGUAUCUUUAUUUUUUAUUACAAGCAUCUUCAUUUUUUAUUACAGGUGUCUGGAUUUUUUAUUACAGUACCAUGUCUGACUUUUCUUUUUGCCCCAAACAAGACAUCAUCAUCUGACUAAAAAAUUGUUCAGCACAAUGUUACAUCGCAAGCAUUCGUUCAUUCAUUCUAAACAAAGCAAACAUCUGUUCAGUAGAAAUGAUUUUCCCCAACCUAUAUUAUGCUAGA